UGUAAGAGCACAUCAAACACGUUCAUAAACUUGCCUUUUUCAUAGAGAAAAGGAGAAGAAGAUGGGUUUAUUGCAACUAAUGAAGAAACUAGGUUUCGUCUUUCUUCUUGUUUCAGCUCUUGCUCUCUCUUCUGCAGGCCGGCCAUCCAUUCUAAUCUAUAGCCAAGAUGAUAAUAAUCAGGAGUUGGUGGAGAGAAGGAUACAUGAACAUGAGAGAAUUUUGAGGAUGAAUUCAAGAGACUAUGGUCACUUCAGUCCUAAACCAAAGCUCGUCAGGCCUCCUUUUAAGCUUAUUCCAAACUGAUUCCUAUCAUGGAUCAACUAUAUAGAUGCCGACUUUAUGAGGUGUAUGAUAUAUAUACCAUAAGACUAACACUGUAAACUAUCAUUAAUGUUUGAAGAUAUGUUAUGUAGUAAACGUACGAUCUAUAGUCUUUGAGUGUGAGUUUUGUGAAAGUGCAUGUCACUUUCAUCACUACAAUAUAUUGUUUGGUUAUCAUGGAAUUUUGCUAUUAAUGGACGAUAAGGCAUUAUUGAGCUAGUCACUUACUAAGUCAAGAUGUAUUUUCAA